UAAUAAAUGACUAACUAUAAAAUAAAUAAAUAUGUUGAAUAGGAAAUUACAUAAUUUAAUUAAAGACAUAUGACCGUCUCUAUCGCUCGGCAAAAAUAAUAAAGCGUUCCCUUUAAGAAGAGAGCGUAAUACAUUUACUUCCUGUCUCCUUAAAAACAGCUUGUGUACUAGUUUAAAACUCUGUAGACCUAACCAUAUUUUACUGCCACUAAAUGCACAUUUCGUUGGGUGUGACUCGCGUAGGCUGGUGGCAUGAGCAGCAGUUAAGAUCUUGUUACCAUUUCACAACAUUGUUAAAGCACCCAGCGUGGUGCUUUCUGCACAGCGGUGGGUAUCUUUAUAUAAUUUGCUAGUUCUCUAAUCACAGCCGCUUAGCCUGCAGGGAAAAAAACACUAUAGUUACAGAUAAGAAUGAGAAUUCACAGCGAUUUAGGUAAAAGGAAGAUUUAAAAAAACUUGACCCAGCCUUACUCAGGCUGGUUAAAGCGAAACAGUUUCAUGGAAGGAAGAAAGAGGAAGAUGCUGUCAGCAGCAUCGUCACCUAAGCGAACCGACACUAAAAAUAAUAUACAAGUGCCUUCAUCUCACUUAAACUCCAUUACGUGCGAAAAUAACGAAGCCACAUCCCGAAAAGAGCGGAGUCGUUAUUUCAAAGGGGAUCGAAACGAGUCAAGACUUGGAGAGAACUUUUUCAACCAGCCUUGCAUUGCUUUGGCCAAAGCCCUCCUUGGCAAGGUACCUCGGUUCUCUGCUCUGCUCAUCAAGUGUGGGUGUUGGUGCGGCGAUGUGCAGAUGGCAGCGAGUUACGUGGGAGGGUGGUGGAAACUGAGGCAUACCUUGGGGGCGAAGAUAAAGCCUCUCACUCAGCAGGCGGCAAACGUACAGAGAGGAACACAGCCUGUUUCAUGAAGCCAGGAACAAUCUAUGUUUAUUCCAUCUAUGGCAUGUACCUCUGCAUGAACGUAUCCAGUCAAGGGGAGGGCGCCGCAGUGCUCCUGCGCUCCCUAGAGCCCCUCCAGGGUCAGCCCGUCAUGAGGCAGCUGCGGGCGCAGGCCAGACGCAAGGCUACGGCUCGGCCCCUGAAGGAGAAGGAGCUGUGCAACGGCCCCGCCAAGCUGUGCCAGGCCCUGGACAUACCCCGCCUCUUCGACCGGCGGGACCUGGCCCGAGACCCCGACGUGUGGCUGGAGACGGAGAGCGAUGACCCGGGCUUCAAGGGGACGAAGACUGCAGAGGCUGGGGAUAGGGGGGCGGUGGUGGUGGUGGUGGCGGCGUCCAGGGUCGGGAUAGAAUCCCACGGGGAGUGGGCGAAGAAACCUUGGCGCUUUUACCUCCUGGGAAACCACUGUGUGAGCGUGGUGGACCGGGCGGCGGAGAGACUCGCUCUCGACGGGGGCCAUGAUGAAUGAUUUAGGCUAGGGGUGGGGAAGAGGGAGAAAGACAAUUAGCAGGGUUUCUCUCCACAAGUUAUGAAGGCAAGCUGUGGGCUUGAUUGGUUUGCCGCCUGUGCACCGUAAUGGAUUGUGCAGUCGGAUGCCACGUGGUUCGGAACUUUGUGUAUUUUCUCCCGGGAGAAAUACAUCAUUUUGUACAACUUGGGAGGAUGCAGAUUCAUUCUAUUUUUGGGUUAUUUGUAUACAAAUCAAUCCCGACACAUCUGAACUGUUGUCUGUUAAGAGAAAUUCAAAGACGAAUAUUCAAGUGUUUUGUAUGUACAUAUCAAUAUGUAAAAUACAAUAUACAAAUUUAAAAACGUUA